AUGAGAAUCGGAGGAAGAAGUAUUGGCAUGCCGUGUGAGGACCACAAGCGACGGCCACCUGCCGUUGAAUUACGAUCGUCGCAGUCCGACAAACCGAAAGUAGCUCCUGAUUACAGUUCGGUACUGUCGCCAGUAGAUCCGUGGUGGGAGAUACAUGAUCCCAAUCCAGACAUUCGUGCCUUGUUCAGGCAGUUCAAUCGAGACUACUUUUGGAAUACUAUCGGAAAUGUGGACGUGAAGUGGAGCAAAGAGCUGAUAUUACCUGCUGGUGCUUUCCACCCACGCCCGACAGGAUGCCAUACCAUUGAGCUGAGUGAACCGUUGCUGAAAUUCCGUCCGCGCCGAGAUCUGGUUCAGACACUGCUGCACGAGAUGAUCCAUGCGUAUCUCUGUGUUACCAAUGGUAAUCGCGAUGGUGACUGGCAUGGAGUGGCCUUCCACGAGCACAUGUUUCGCAUCAACACGCAAACGGGUGCCAGCGUAACGGUCUACCAUGCUUACAACGACGAAGUCGAGCACUAUCUGCAGCACAGCUCCAGCACCUCCACCGGCACUUCCACAGGGAGGCUUAUUCCCUGCCGCAUCGCGGUGGGUUUGGAACGGUUUGACUUGGAACCUCCUGGUUGA